UUAUACUGUUCAUUUGUCCAUCCUCUCAAUUUUUUUCCUUUAUAUAUACCAUCUCAUCUUCUCAUCUUCUUUACACACAAAAACAAGAUUAAGAUCAAGGAGGAAGAAGAAGACAUGGCACAGAAGGCAGAGAAGAUCUCCACGUUAAUACUCGAAGUGGAUCUCUGUUGCUGCAAGUGCCACAGAAAGAUUAAAAAAAUCUUGUGCGAGCUCAAAGACCAAGAGAACAUCAAGGAUAUCAAUUUUGAUGUGAUGAAUAACAAGGUGACAAUCUCUGGUCCUUUUGAUCCUGACACCCUCACAAGAACCCUUUACUGCAAAGCUUGCAAAAUUAUCAAAAAUAUCACCACCCCACCUCCUCCAACUCCCAAACCAACUCCCAAACCAGAUCCCAAACCCACUAAGCCUGAGUUGCCGCCCGGACCACCUUGCUGCGCAAAACCAACCUUCGAGUGGUUGUAUGGAGUGCUAAAGUGCGGUUCGUGUGGGAUGGUGUACGCGUGGACCAAUCAAUGCCAACCACCUAGUGACAAAAAAUGCCACCCAACUCCGGACAAUAAACUAUGCCUCCCCGGACCGGGUUGCUGCAAGGGGAUGAAGUGUAGUUCAUCCUGCUCUACAUGUGGCAGUGGGACCAAUUAUCAAUGCUUGCCACCACCUGCUACUAAGAAAACUGAUGAUAAACCCAAGAAAUCUGAUGAUGAUCAUCAUAAGAAGAAGGAGGAGAAGGAUACGAAACCGGUACUCGAUCCCAGCUGCAAGCCUGUUUGCCGGCCGGAACCGGUUUGCUGCCCUCGACCAUGCUACGUGGGGAUGUAUGGAGGGACCAUGUGUGCAUCUUGUGGGAUGAAGUGCCCCUGGAUCAAUCAUCCAGUCUCAGUUCCACAACCUCACCAUGUCUAUGGCGGUGGUUAUGGCGAGCCUAAGCCCUGCUACUUCAUCUGCGAAGAUAGCACACCUCUAUGCUCCAUCAUGUGAUCGACCCAUCCUGCUCUUAUAUAUAUAUAUAUAUAUAUAUAUAUAUUGCAUCUUUUCCUCUUGGCUUGUGAGUGUGCUGCUACUGUACCUUUUAAAAGGUUAGAUAUUUUACUUUAUUUAUAUUUUGCUUUGUUUCUUUAAAAGCCUUAUUAUUCAUCCACUCGGAGUCGAACGUUCGAGGCUUUUAUUGGAUCAUUUAUUCUGUUAGCGUCUGUUCACUUAUUCUGUCACGUUUUGUUUGUAAUUGUUUCUUUUUAUUUUUAAAUAAACUGUGAUUAUUAUCUA